CUGGUAUGCCCAGCAGUAACACUCAUCCAUCAUUCACAGUAUAACUUCACUCUUCCCCUCCCCAUCUGUCAUCUUUUCUCUUCUCCCCUCCUAUUUAUCUUGCUUGUCCCCUUCCUCCUCUCUCUCCUCAUUCUCCAUCCUUUGAUUCCCUCCCCCCCCGAAUCCACUAUGACAGCCAGUAUACCACAGCUGGAUGCAUCUCCCAAGCCCGCAGAAGCGGCGACGACUGUCGUCCAGUCGCCCACUUCCACUUCUCGCUACAGUAAGCACAUUGUGUUGACUACCUACCCCGGCCAAAGCGGGAUUGACCCCGUUCCUCUCGAAUGGGGUGCCCCUGACGCCAAAUCCCGCGGUCCGGUCGUCGUCUCUCGUAGCCCCAACCUUCUCAAACGCCGAAACGCCAUGGGCGCUCACGGUGGCAGCUACAGCAUCUACAACGCCCUUGCGAUCGCCGCUGGAGAUCUGGACCCGAACUUCCGCCCGGAUCUCCGCAACAGUGAGCCCACCUUCAAAUUCCCCUGGCAACCCGCCUGGGCCGACAAGACCAAGAUCGUGUCCAUGGACCCCUACGGCCACGACAUCGUCAACCAAUACCGGGACGAGCUCGAGGCCGGUUGGGACAUUCGUCCUACAAUGGCCGUCACACGCGCGAACAUGAAAUUGGCAGAGAUCGGCGAGGCCGUGCGCGAGGGCAAACUCGAUGUAGACGGAUCGAUCGUGGUGGAUUCUGGCGGUGACGUCCGCGUCACAAAGGUCGCCGUGGAGCCCGUCUGGUAUCUGCCGGGAGUCGCGGAGCGGUUCGGCGUGGAUGAGGGGACGCUCCGCCGCACUCUAUUCGAGCACACAGGUGGCAGUUACCCCGAGCUGAUCACCCGACCAGACUUGAAAAUCUUCCUGCCUCCGAUUGGUGGGUUGACGGUUUACAUCUUUGGACCUCCGGAAAGAGUUUCAGAUGAAAACGUCCGCCUGGCGCUGAGAAUCCACGACGAGUGCAAUGGCAGUGAUGUCUUCCAGUCGGAUAUCUGUACGUGUCGACCGUACUUGGCGUUCGGUAUUGCGGAGGCUAUUCGGGAGGCGCAGAACGGCGGCAGUGGUGUCGUGAUCUAUUUCCGCAAGGAGGGACGUGCUCUGGGUGAAGUUAUUAAAUACUUGGUGUACAAUGCUCGAAAGCGCGGUGGUGAUACUGCUGAUAAGUACUUCACUCGGACGGAGAACAUCGCGGGUGUCCGAGAUAUGCGCUUCCAAGCUCUCAUGCCUGACAUUCUGCACUGGCUGGGCAUCAAAAAGAUCGACCGGAUGCUGUCCAUGUCCAACAUGAAGCAUGACGCUAUCGUGGAUUCUGGAAUCAAGAUCCUCGAGCGUGUGCCUAUCCCAGAGGAUAUGAUCCCCACCGACUCUCGCGUGGAGAUCGAUGCCAAGAUCAAUGCCGGCUAUUUCACCACGGGCAAGCAGUACACGAUGGAGGAGCUAGCCGCCGUGAAGGGACGAGGUUGGGAAAAGUGGGAGGAUGUCACACACUGAUCCAUAUUCCGCAUCACAUGAAGCAGAUCAUUUCAUCCGGCGUUCAUCAUGUCCACUUGUCCAUUUUCUCGAUCCCCGUGUCAUACCAUAAUUACAUAGCAAUACUCUUACGAAGAUUGAGACUAAGACAAAUACAAGGCUGUUCGAAAGCG